CAUCGUUCCACAUGUUAACAGAAAAAUAUUUUGAAAAAUUAUAUUUUCGGUAAAUUAAGUGCCACAAAUAUCGUGCGGAGAAGUUCCACAUAAUUCUCCAGUUGUUCUACGGCCUCACAAUUCACGACAAAAUGAGAAAUUUUAACUCGCCAAAAUUUGGCAAUUCCCUGGGGGAAGAUUCGGACGAUGAUUUGGAUUCUGGCACGGAGCCUGAGUUUGUGCUGGAACCGUACGUGCUUGAAGAGUUUCCCGUAAUGGAGGACAUGGGAGAAGAAGAUGGCGAAGACAAUGACGAAGACGAUGAUUAUGAUCCGAAUGGAGACAUCGUUAUUGGUACGUCAUCCAGUGAGGAAGAUGAUUCGGAUGAGUCCGAUUCAGAGAAAGACGAUGAUGCUGAGCAGGAGAGCAGCACCAAGAAUUCAAAUGUCCCCAAGCGAGCUGUUGACGAUUAUGACGAAGAGAUGGAACAGGAUGAGGUGGUUAAGGCUAUUAUAACGGAGAUUAAGAAACCGCGAUCAAAGCCUCCGGAUAUUAAAACGGAGGAUUUCGUUACGGAUUUAUGCUUCCAUCCCAGUCAGGAUCUGCUCUCCGUGGGUACAACCACGGGGGAUGUUUUGAUCUAUAAAUAUUCGAACGAUGAGUGUACUGUAAGAGAUACCCACGAGGUACACACUAAAUCGGUUCGGGAUGUAGAGUUCAAUUUGGAUGGAGAUUUACUGAUUUCUACAGCGCGAGAUCGCACUAUCAUGGUAACGGAUGUAGAGACUGGUAAGCUAAAGCAAUUUUGGGACGAUUCGCAUGAGGAACCGGUAUACACAAUGAGCAUUAUCGAUGAGCACACUUUUGCAACCGGAGACGAUGCCGGUGUACUGAAACUUUGGGAUCUACGACAAAAACAAGCUGUUUUUAAGUUGAAAGAGGUGGAAGAUUUUAUCUCGUGUAUCAUUACUAACGAUCAACGAAAGUAUAUUCUGAUGACCAGCGGGGACGGUUAUUUGACGUCAAUCAAUAUACCGCAGAGAAAAUUGUAUGUGCAAUCCGAACCUUACGAGGAAGAACUGACCUGCAUGGGUAUAUUCCGCAAGGAUAGUAAACUUGUGGUAGGAUCUUCAAAAGGAAAUUUUUACACUUUCAACUGGGGUCAGUUCGGAUAUCAUUGUGAUGCGUUUACAGGCCCAAAAGCUGGUGUUAAUAAAAUGGUUCCCAUCACGGAAAGGAUAGCCGUGACCGGAGGUGAGGAUGGUAUUUUACGUGCGAUGCACCUUGUACCGGGUCGUGUGCUGGGAAUUGUCGGACAGCAUUCGUUAGCGGUGGAAACAAUUGAUAUCAACAGCACGGGAGAGCUUAUUGCUUCCAGCUCACACGAUAACGAUAUCCGCUUUUGGAAUAUUCGGUAUUUUGAAGAUUUUGACGACAUUAAAUACAACAGCAAGCCGGAUAAAAAGGCACUGAAGCAUAACUUGCCCUCUUCGAAGCAGACUAAUGCGGCCGACUUUUUCGCAGAUCUGGCAGGAAAGGAUGACGAGGAUUGAAUGGUUCUUCGUUUGCUUUUACCGGUAAAUUGUUUAUAUAAAUUUAGAAUACUACGCAUGUUGUAAAACGACAUGAAAAGUCUACACAUAACUAUUUAGAGUUUUUUCGGCAGUGUCUUUAUAUUUUCUGGAAAAUAUA